UCAGGUUUUCAAGGUACCAACAGCCAAAAUCCAGCAUUCCCACACACAGAUAAUUUAUGUUUUAAUGUUCAUUUUUUCUUUAUCAGGGACUGAGCCCAGUUAGCAUGACGAACUCGAUGCGCACUGUAAAGGUUUUGGCCGUCGGUUCUUGUAGUUCUCAACUGAAUGCAGUUCUUAGCGUCCUCAGGUUCUUCCCCUGCUUGGAAAAGCUCUAUGUCAGUUUAUGCUCUCGCUAUGAGAUGGAUAAGAAAUGUGAGCCUCAGUAUGACCCACUACAUCCAAUUGAAUGCCUUCAGACCCAUCUGAAAGAAGUGGUGUUGCGAGAUUACUCUGGCCAUGAGAAGCAGGUUGACUUUGCCAGAUUCUUUGUUUUGAAUGCUAAAGUGCUCAGCAAAAUAGAAUUUCAAGCAUAUGGCGACUACAGCAAUGAACCGGUAGCUUAUCAACACAGACUACUGCAAGUGGAAAACAGUGCUUCUCGAGAUGUUCAAUUUGAAAUCAGGAGUAAUUGUCGUUGGCAUGAUUGCCAUCUCAAAGAGCACAUCCACAAUUUGUCAGUGUGGGACCCCUUCAAAUUGAUGCCUGGACGUUGCGCCAUUAUAUGUAGACCGUGUGCUUGUACCUGAAUAUUGCAUUGUAUUGAGCAUGGAUAAUGAGUUGAACAACUAGUCUAGACGAGUUGCGCGACUAGUCUAUGAGUAGUAACUUGACUGUCGACUAGGUCGGUCAACUCGAUUAGUUCCUUGAGUCGAUGAGUCGAAGUACUAGUUUAGACUAGUCCUGCUGAUUGAGUCGAUCGACUCAGGUGAGGUGGCUGGGAAGAAUUUACG